UAUAGUCAUGGACUUAACUACAUAGUUGUGGCUGAAGAUGUUCUUCCCCUCCAUUGUUGAUCUUGCUCUUCAAACUUCGCAGUCAUAAUUACCACUAACUUUCAGUUCCUUUUUUUAAAAGUAGCUACUAAGUUAAUUCACCUCCAUUGUUGAUUCCUUUAUUUCGUUCCAAUUCAUGUCUUUAGCAUCAGCUGAAUUUUUUUUGUUCUCAAUUCGUUUGAAAGUAGCUGCUAAAAGCAGUCCAGUUUUAGUUUUGACAACGCGCCCCCCACCCAACUUCAUCGUCAGACCAAAAGAAAGAACAGAGAAGAUGAUGAGAAGCAGCGAGCCAUGGCCAUACGUCGAGUCUUCGCCGCCCGUAUCAGACGAGAGAUUAGAGUUCGAUGCGCACGUGAGCUUCAGGAGAAAGAAGUCGAGCAAGCGGCAGCAGAGGUUCACCAACCUCCUAUACGCUGCCUUUGCAAGAGAAUGCAUCAAGACUUCCCGAGAACAUGGAGAGGAUGAAGAAGAAGGAGGGGAUCAGGAGGUGGGGAAGGUGGUGGCUGCAGUGGAGAGAUCGGAGGUCUUCGUGCCCAUCUUCUCCAGGUCCUUCGCUGAGUCGUCGCGCUGUUUGAUGGAGGUCGAAAAGAUGGUGGAGUGCAAGCGGCGGAUCCUCCCAAUAUUUUUCGAUGUCGACCCUUCGGACGUCCGACGACAGAGGGGACCCUUCGAGCAGCCUUUCGCCGACCAUGAGAAGAGAUUUAGCAAGGAGAAGGUGAAGGCAUGGAGGGACGCUCUGGGGGAGACCGGGGAGAUCUCCGGCCAUGAUCUCAGGAAUGCACCUCAAGGGUAUGAAGAAAAGGUCAUUCAAUUGAUUGUUAAGAUCAUUCUGAUUAAAGUGAACAAGACUCCAAUAGACGUGGCUAAACACCCGCUCGGAAUCAACCCUCGAGUGGAUGACCUGAUGAAGCUGGUCAACAUUUGGGCCAACGAUGUCAGGGUAGUAGCAAUACAGGGGAUGGGAGGAAUCGGCAAGACAACUCUUGCCAGGGCCCUAUACAACAGAAUCUUUUCCAAGUUCGAAGGUAGCAGCUUUGUUUCAAACAUCAAGGAGGUAUCAAGGCAACCAAAUGGUCUCGUUUCUCUGCAAAAUCAACUGCUACAUGAAGCCCUCAAAGGUAAAGUGCAACCAGUAAGCAACUCAAGCCAGGGGACAAGUGUGAUCAAGCAGAGAAUUCACAGCAAGAGAGUUCUGGUUGUUCUUGACGAUGUUGACCAUAUAGAACAGCUAAACGCAUUGGUACGACCUACUUGGUUGUCUGCAGGAAGCAGAAUCAUUUUAACAACAAGAUAUGAGCACGUACUGAACGUGUAUGGGCUAAAAGAACAUGAGAUCUACCGGCCCUCGGAAUUGAACCGUGAAGAGUCAAUUCAGCUAUUUAGUUUUCAUGCUUUCGGGAAGGACCAGCCAAUUGAAGGUUUUGUAGGUCUGACUGAGAAGGUUGUCUCAGCUACCGGUGGGGUGCCAUUGGCUCUAGAAGUGGUUGGUUCCUCAUUGUUUGGUAAAAGAAGUGGUCAAGAAUGGAAUGAUACGUUGGAGAAGUUGAAGAAGGUCCCUCCUCUUGAUGUUCAGCAGACCUUGAGAAUUAGCUAUGAUGGCCUUGACAACCUUGAGAAAAGUAUAUUUCUAGACACUGCUUGUUUCCUAUCAGGAACGGACAGAGAUACUGCAAUUCAGAUGUGGAAAGGUUGUGGUUUCUUUCCAACCAUAGCUAUUAAAGUUCUCAUGCAUAAGUCCCUUUUAAAGAUCAGUGAAGACGAUAAGCUGGAAAUGCAUGAUCUACUUCGUGAUAUGGGAAGGCAGAUAGUUCAGGAGGAAUGCCCUCCAAACCCUGGGAAACGUAGCAGGUUGUGGUUUCAGAAAGAUGCCUUGCAUGUUUUAAAAGGCCUUAAAGGGACGAGAAAUAUCGAAGGAAUCGCUGUGAAUUUCAUGGAGGCCAGUGAUCAAGAUGACCACCACCUGACCACCAAAUCUUUUGCAGGUUUAUCUAAUCUGAGAUUGCUUUGUGCUAACUAUGCAAACAUCAUGGGGAAAUACUCACAUUUGCCUAAGAAACUGAAAUGGUUGCAAUGGCAUGGCUGUCCUUUGGGAUCAUUUCCAUAUGACUUCAAUCUCAUUGACUUGGAAGUGUUAGACUUGUCUCGAAGCAAUAUCAACGAAUUACAGAGCAAGAAGCCGGCAACAAAUGUUAGAAGCUUGAUUGGGUACUACAUAGAGUGUUCCAUUUUGAGUGCAUAUCGACUUCUUACAGGAAAACAUAACCAUGGUAUGCAUACUUUUGAAACCUUGAAGGUUCUCAAUCUCAGUGGCUGCAAUCACUUUGUUACCAGCCCAGACUUAUCCAAUCUGCUAUCCUUGAUAAAAUUGACAUUUGAUGACUCUCUUAACUUGAUGGAAGUGCAUGACUCGAUCGGGAAUCUUAGGAGCUUGGUCUACUUCAGUAUAAGAGGCUGCAAGUCGCUAGAGGCCCUUCCAAACAGUUUUGUUCAACUAAAUAGUCUUAAAGUCCUAAUCCUCUCUGGCUGCUCCAAGCUCUCCACUUUGCCGGAACAGUUAGGCUGCAUGCAAUCUCUAAUAGAAGUUGCACUCGAUGAGACUGCAAUCAGAAUGAUACCUGAUUCAAUUGGACACCUGACAAGGCUUUCUCGGCUAUCUCUAGCUUAUUGUGAUUCUUUGGUAUCCUUGCCUGAUUCCACAGGAGAAUUGUGCUCUUUGACGGAGUUGAUGUUGGAUAACAGUGCAGUUCAUGGAAUACCAGGCUCAGUAGGAUCACUGAAGAAGCUCAAAAGGUUAGGUGCAAGCAAUUGUUCUAACCUUGCCAGCAUACCUGAUUCCUUUGGAUCAGUAGAAAACCUCGAGAUGCUAAGGAUCACUGGUUCUGGAAAAUUCAACAUCUUGCCUCUCUCUUUUGCACAAUUGAGGAACCUUUUCUAUUUGAACUUGUCCUAUUUGGGCAUCAGUGAAUUGCCUGAGAAUUUUGGAAGCCUUAACAAACUAAAGCUUCUCUAUCUAAACGGUAAUAAUAAGCUCGUGAUGCUACCAUCUACCUUUUGUCAGUUAACCUCCUUGGAAAGAAUAGAUCUCAAGGAAUGUAGCUUGUCAGAUGGUGGAAUUUCUCUAGAUUUCUCAAUGUUUUUAUCCCUGAAAAUACUGAACUUAGAUGGAAACAAGUUCUCCUGCCUGCCAACAACACUGAGUUCCCUUCCUCAACUUGAGGAGCUAUCCCUACUCACCUGUGCAAAGCUUCAGUCUCUCCCUCCGCUUCCCUCGUCCAUAACCAAGCUUGACGCCUAUCGUUGCAGUUCCUUGGAAAGAAUCCCAAAUAUCUCAAACUUGAAGAGCUUAAGAGUUCUAGAUUUUACAGACUGCAAGAGUCUGGAAGAUGUCCCUGGCCUUGAAACAUUGACAUCUUUAAUGUGCUUACAGUUGGUUGGCUGCACCAAUCUCAGCAGUAAUUUCAAGAAGAGGAUUGUUAAGGAAACGUUUGAACGCUUGGAGAGUUUAAGCAUUCCUGGAACUAAAUGCCCAAGUUGGUUCAAGCAUCAACAAUUAUGCUGUGAGGUCCAAAAACCUUCUGUGGGUAAGCAUGAGAUUAAAGGACUUCUUCUGUGGGUUGUUUUCUCCAUGAUUAAAAGGCCAUUCCGUUGUACAUUCCACUUGUAUUCGAACUUCAGUCUUGUGGUUAAUGGUGAAGAUGGCUCCUCAACCAACUUCGAAGUAGAAGUUCCAGUGUCCUAUUACAGAGACAGCAAUAUGCUCUUUUACCAUUACAGAGACGGCCACCCUUUAAUUCGGCUUCUGAAGGAAGGAGGUUCAAUCAAUAUACUGAUAACUGAACAAUUCUCAUUAAACGAUUUUCAGAUAGUGAAGGGAGGAAUACAUCCGAUUUAUAGGCCAACAGAAGGGCAGAAAGAUAUUGCCAGUGAAGAAGAAGCACUGGUUCCUGAAAAAUUGGCUCAGUUUUUCAUGUCUCCCUAGAGAGGCGUGUCUCUCUUCUCUCUCUCUCUCUCUCUCCAUCAAACUAAACUUUCAAGUGUCGAAUAAAUCAUUUUUUCUUUGUAUUAUUGUCAAUAUUUAUGGAGAUUGUUAGUCCAAUCCAAUUUUUGAUGGUA